GUAUAUACAGCUGCAAACUGGUUAGGUCGGACUGUCAGACACAUGUGUGUCACAUGGUCACACUUGCUUUAUUAAUCCGUUGAAAUGUACCCGAUAUCUAACAAAAAAGUCUUUGCCUGUCACUAGCAGUGCUUUCAAAGUUAUCGGCAAGAUGCAGUCAUAAUGUAGAUGUGCUUGACUAUAGGCAUAAAGCUACCCGGACACGCGCGAUUGCUUCAGCUGUAAAUAUAAACAACAGGGGAGACUACUGUAAGCCAAGCCAAGCCAAGCGGAGCCAGGCCACAGCACAACAGAUGAAUCUUGGUUGAGAAAGGGAAACCGAAUCAGUCCUCGUCAAACCGGAUAAUGGCUGUCAGCGAAACUGGUUACAAACGGGUUCCGGGCGCAGACACUCAUGAACAAUGGUGGUAACACGACAAAAGGCUACAAGCGCUCUUAGAAGUGACUCUGCAGUGACACUUCAAGGCUGCUCAUCAGACAGCAGAACUUUUUCAGGAUCUGCCAACAACAGCACAAUAAAUCAACAGGUUGUUGCGUUAUUGUCUGACCGUGCAGAAUUAGCUUCAAAGCAGCAUGUACCUAUAACAGUUUUCGAUGAUGGAGCUGUUGUGUCAGCCAACGUCAACUUUGCUUCAAGCCAGCAGCCACAGGCUAAGGUAUCAACUCCGGCAGCAAUUAUUUUGACAGAGUCUCCUUCUGAAGAAAUAGUCAAUGCAAAUUUAUUGAAAAGUUCUGCCAAUUUACAAUCAGAUUUAUCAGGUAAUUCUGGCCCAUCUUAUGGUGAUCAUCAGAUCAAUACAACACAGUCACUCCAGAAGCCUGAGAUUUUUUAUGAUGAUGGAGUUCUGCCUGUUCAAUGUACUCAGCUCAAUCCAGUAGGAAAUAAAGAAGCAGCAAAAUCUUCUUGUGGAGUCAUGUCCAAAUUUGAUACUGAGAAUUGCUUCCCUACCUCCAAGACGGAUGGUAUAGCUCUAGGAAAAAAUAGCAGUAGUACUUCCUGGAACAGCCAGUUUAUCAUAAGUAUUGCUGAUCAGCCUUCACAUCAAUCUGGAGCUGGUAUCCACAAUUUUUGUCAUGCAGAGUCAUGUCUGGCCCAACCUUUCACCUCCUCGGUAGAAUUUUCUACUCUAGCCUCUACCCAGGCUGUGACUAAUAUUGCACCAGGAUACGUUAUUUCAGCAGUGACAGCAGCCAACACUGGUACUAGAGUACCCUGCACUCCGCACAUCUCCAGCGUGCCAUCUGAGCUCAAGUCGGUGCCUUCUGAACAAGACUUAGCAGGGUCCACGUGCAUUGUCUCCAUCACUGAACCUAACAGACUUUCAGAUCUGAAAGCUCUGGCUGACAGAGGAAACACAGAACUUUCUGGAGCUGCUUCUCUUGUGCAUGAAGUUCCAAGUGGAGUGCAUGAAGAGGAGGAUUUACCUGUCCAACUAACAUGGACAAGAACUGCAACGCUCAAACUGCUAGAGCUGUAUAAGGAGCAUGAAGUGUAUCUAAGGGAUCCUCACUACAAGAAAAAAUCGGUCUGGGAGCGUAUUGCAGCAAGAAUGAACAUGGAUCCUAGUGACCCAAUCCAAUACCAUUGGAAUCAGGUGGAGAACAAAUGGAAAAACAUGACCAAGAAGUACCGUGACUGUAUUAAUAGCAAUCGCCGCAACGGGACAAACCACAAAUGCCCCUUCUUUGAUCAGUUGGCAACAAUUUAUAACUAUUGCCCUGACGAAGCUCACAAGACAGCAGUCGAAGGCCUGAGAGCAUUAGGGUAUUCGUUCAAAGCACCUGUUGCUUCCAAAGAUUUGCCAGGUAUUGAUCUACUGGCAGCAUCUACAAAUUCACUAAAACGUGACCAUGGAGCAAUAAUGGACUUAAGUGAUGACAAAAAGGAUGAACGAAAGUCCAUUCCACUUCCAAAGAAGAAAAAGAAGUAUGAGCGGCAGAGUAUUGCAAAGUUACCCACAUCUCUAAAACAACAAGUGCAUGUAGAGACCUCGGUCCCAGCCCAGCAACCCCCACUGACCAGAAUCCUGUCAUCCGCUAAUAAUGAUGCAGCCAGCAGCACCAGUUCUGCUCAGUCUUCCUCUGAUCAGAUGACACUAAACUAUGAAAGCAUUAUCUCUACCAUCAAACAGUUGAGUGAAGACCGCAAGGCACAAAAUGCCCAAAGAAUGGAGAGACUUGAGCAGAUGCACCAAGAAAAAAUAGACUUGUUUCGACAGUUCUUAGAUAUUCUGAAACAAGCUGACUAAAUAUUCCAAAUGAGUGUUUUAAUAUCCUUACAGUUGUAAUAUUGGUGUUUAUUUUUGUAGUCAAAGUCAUAAACUUUUAUUUUAGGGUAAAAUAUUGCAUUAACUCUACCACAUAUUUUCCCUGAUUUUAUUGGGAUGUAGUCAGGAAUUAUUGUUUUUAUUGCAUGUAGCCAUGAACAAAAUUUUGUGUGCUAUAUUACUUGUUUUUAAUAAGAGGUUCUUAGCCUGAAGGUCAGCGCAUGACUUCAGAAUCAGAGCAUGGGAAACUGCCCUUGCCCAACCAGCAUUAAUGGGUAUCUGAUAACAUCAGGAAAAAUGAAAGGCAAUGACACUUUACUUCUGUGUCAUAUCACAGACAUGGUGAAUAGCUGACAGAUCACUUCCACUAGGUUAUAGGACACUUCACCUUUAGUUUUGUUGCAUUGUUAGUGGUUUAUAUUGCAUCAAGGUGUAUGAAAUUUUAUGUGACUCGGUGAGCUAAUUGAAGACCAAAUGCCCACCACAGUACAUGAAAUUUAUUGUGUUUAAGAAGGGACAGAUAACUUCAAUAUUUAAAUUUUAUUUUCAUGGAUUGGAUUAGCAGUUCUAAGAAUUGGCAACAGAUCCUGAACAGCAUUUCCACAAAAACUUCCUGUACCACACCGACCAUGUGUCAGUGAAGAUGGCAUCAAAUUGAUACAAGACUGUCAGGAAUUCAUCUCACUUUUUGGUAGAGUGAUGUAAAGAACUCUGUUUUUAAAUUGUAUUAAUUCUGGCAUUGCUUCCUUUCAGACAAAUUUGGGCUGUCAGAUGUUGGCCUAUAACAACAGCUUUCUGUAGUCCUGUAUUAGAUGUAGGUCAGAUUUUGAUACAGUAUAUCCAUCAUGUCUCCUUUCCCGCUCUUAGAUAACACCAAAACAUUUAUUCAAAAGUAUUUUGCUAUAAAAAUGUCUUUCAUGACUACCUCCACAACAUGACUUAUGACCAACAGUUUGUGCUGUAUUAUGACUUUUUUUUUAACAUUUCAAGUUGAAGAAAAAUAUAAAAAUUAAGUACAUUUUAAAAAUAGACUGCUUCUGGCCUUAUAUUACAACUUUUUGCAGAAAUAAUGUAAUGCUAUUUACAUUCUGAAAGGCUCCUUAUCUCUUUGUUUACCAGUGCACAUCAGUCAAUUGGGAUUCAUUACAACCAUUAGGGGGUCAGGUGUUAAAAAAUAAGAUUCUUUUGAUAGGAAGGUUUUACUGUAUAAGUAAGGUUUUACUGUAUAAGUUUCUAGAUUUAAUUUUAAAAAAAUGUUGUUCAUGUCUUGCAUUAAAUUAUUAGUCUGUUUGGUACUAUAACCUAGUGGUGUGGAUAGGAGGAUUUGCAGUCCUAGUUUUUCAGCUAGACUGAGCAAGCUGGCAGCAAACUGGCUUCAUAUGUUUGAUCAUUCCAUAGAUAUAGCCUUUGCAUAUUAUGUUGUGCACAUUCAUGUAUGUGUUCUUAUUAUUCUGUUUACUCAAUUAUUUAUCUUGACUGCAAGUGGCAUAUGUAUAUAUGAUCUAUGUGCUUUGACUCUGUAUUACAUUUAUUUUUAUUUGUGUAAAGCACAUUCUCUAUAGUGGAGAAAUGCACUAUAUAAAUAUGUCUUUUAUCAUUAUACCAGAAUUCUGUAAAUAUUGUUUUCAUUUAUAUUUCUAAAAUGUAAAUAAUAGUCUUAUAAAAUGAAUCAUUCAAUA